AUGAGGAGAGGGAUAAAGGCUGCCGAACAGGGUAUCGACGACGAAAGGAUAAUCCUAGGUCUUCAACCGGAAACGGAAGAGGGAAAAGUAAGGUUUAGGGAAAUAGUAAGAGAAAACGUUAGGACAAAAACCAAAUUCAUGUCCAAACCAAAUUCAUGUCCAAACCAAAUUCAUGUUCAUGACCAAAUACAUGUCCAACAAUCGGAGAGUUCUUGAAGCAUUGCCUGUUGAAGGGAGAGCCUUGCCAGACCUAGAUCUAAGUCUUGAUCAACUUCCUAUUGAAUGCACGCUGGGUGUACACUGGAACGUCGAAGAUGAUGCCUUUUGUUUCAAGAUAAAAUCUUGUGACAAACCAAAUACCAUGCGAGGUGUGCUUUCAUGUGUUUCUUCCUUUUAUGAUCCAGUGGGAUUUGCUGCACCAGUUCUUUACCUGCUAAGCAAAUUCUCCAAGUGCGUUGGAGGAGGAAGAUGAAAUGGGACAAUUUCCUGGAGAACGAUCUACUGAAAUCAUGGAUUAAUUGGAAAUCACUUUUACCAUUGAUGACUCAGAUAAGCAUCCCUCGUUGUUUCUAACGACUGCCAGAUCAUGACGAUUCUGUUGUCGAGUUACACCAUUUUUGUGACGCCUCAGAGAUUGGAUACGGUACGUACUGUGUCGUAUCUACGCAUCAUCUACAGCGACAGAACUAUUAACUGUCUGUUUGUAAUGGGAAAGUCGAAAAUUGCUCCCAUUCGGUCACCCACGAUUUCAAGACUCGAAUUGCAAAGUGCAUUAUUAGUUGUACGAAUGAAUAAGAUGAUUAAAGAUGAGCUCAAUAUAACUGUACAUGAAACGUACUUUUGGACGGACAGUAUGGUAGUAUUGUCGUAUAUUCACUAGACGACGAAACAAUUUCAAACGUACAUAGCUAACCGAGUAAACGAAAUUCAGGAAUCAACUAAUCCGAGUCAAUGACGGCACUGUCCAGGAAGUUUGAAUCCUGCCGACGAUUGUUCUCGCGCUUUGGACCCUCAGCAAUACAUAGAACAAGAGCGAUGGCUAAGAGGUCCUGGGUUCCUUUCGAACCCGAGAGAUACAUGGCCCGAUGAGCCAAUUCAAGAGAUACCCGACAGCGAACUGGAAAUCAAAAAGAAGAAAACGACUUGUGCGAUUCGUCUCCAGGCGACUGUAAGCCCUCUGCUCUAUGAACUCCUCGAAAGAUUAUCGGACUGGUCGAAACUACUUAAAUAUGUGGCUUGUCUAUGCAAGUACAAAGCUGAGUUGAAAAAUGGCAAACGUUUAGAAUGCAAUACUUUAAUUAACCGUGGAUGACCUGACUUUAGCUAAACGAACGAUUGUUUCACUUGUUCAACACCAGUCGUUUUCGGAAGAGAAGGAUAAUACCGGUCAACAUGUGAAGAAAUCGAGUUCGAUUGUGAAGCUUAAGCCCAUGCUAGGCGAGAACGGACUCCUAAGGUUCUCUGGUAGAAUAUCAGAAGCACCAAGCACGUUUGACAGUAAACAUCAGAUGAUUUUACCGCAGAAUCACCAUGUUGCAACCUUGAUAAUUCGUUUUAAUCACCAACAACUUGGACACUGUGAACAAGAGCAGUUGUUUUCUCGACUUCGAAAAGAAUUUUGGAUCGUUAAGGGCAGAGCGACUAUUAAACGAGUGAUCAGCAAAUGCAUACCGUGUAGGAAAAAAUACUCUGUACGGGAUGACUCAAGAAAUGGCAGAGUUACCUAAGGUUCGCCUUACUCCUUUCGAACCUCCCUUUACAAACACGGGCAUUGACUUUUUGGACCACUUGUGGUAAAACACGGACGGGGUUCUGCCAAGCGUUAUGGUUGUAUAUUUGUAUGUAUGGCAUCGGGAGCCAUACAUCUAGAACUAGCCCAGUCCCCGGAAACCGAUGAUUUCAUCAUGGUGUUACGAAGAUUCUUAAACAUUCGGGGUGGCGUUAAACAACUUCGUGGGCGCAGAGCGCGAGUUAGGUGAAGCUUUAGAAAGGUCGAAUCAAAAUCAGAUUGAAGAGCAUUUAAAACAAACCGGAGUAGAAUGGAUUUUCCACCCGCCAUUAGCGUCGUAUAUGUCGGGAGUGUGGGAGAGACUGAUUCGUGGUGUUAAACAAUCGUUGAAGGCUAUCCUAGGAAAGACAUUAGUUAAAGAAGAAGACUUGAGAACGGUGUUAUCAGAAGUCCAAGGGAUUGCAAAUUCCAGACCUCUGUGCCCGAACUCGGACGAUUAACUCCGAAUCAUCUGUUACUUCAAAGACCAGCGAUUACUCUACCUCCUGGAAAAUUUGACGAUGCUGAUUUGUAUAGCAGAAAGAGUUGGAGACAAUCACAAAUUAUGAGCGACCAUUUUUGGAAACGGUGGUUACAUGAGUAUCUACCAACUUUACAACAAAGACAGAAAUGGGCUACACCACAACGAAAUUUAGCUGAAGCAGUUGGUGAUCUUGUACUCUUAGUGGACGAGAAUCUUCAACGAGGACAUUGGCCACUUGGAAGAGUGACGAAAGUGUUUCCUGGAAAGGAUGGUCUUGUCAGAAUCGCCGAAGUGAAAACGAAAAACGUUUUGAAACGUCCAAUUCAGAAGUUGUGCUUCCUGGAGGUUGACGACUAA